AUGGCGCUCGCCUCCACCUCCGCCACCGCCUCCGCGGCCGUGCUCAAGAACCCGUUCCUCGGCGCGAGGCGCGCGCUCGCCAAUGCCGCCUCCCUCGGCGCCGCCAAGCCCGUGACGCGCCGCGUGGUGGUCGUCGCCGCGGCCGUCGGCAAGAAGUCGUGGAUCCCCGCGGUCAAGAGCGAUGCCGAGUUCAUCAACCCGUCCUGGCUCGAUGGCUCGCUCCCCGGUGACUUCGGCUUCGACCCGCUGGGGCUUGGCAAGGACCCGGCGUUCCUCAAGUGGUACAGGGAGGCCGAGCUGAUCCACGGGCGCUGGGCGAUGGCCGCCGUGCUGGGCAUCUUCAUCGGGCAGGCGUACAGCGGCGUGCCGUGGUUCGAGGCCGGAGCGCAGCCAGGCGCGGUGGCGCCCUUCUCCUUCGGGUCGCUCCUGGGCACCCAGCUGCUGCUCAUGGGGUGGGUGGAGUCCAAGCGGUGGGUCGACUUCUUCAACCCGGACUCCCAGUCGGUGGAGUGGGCCACGCCGUGGUCGCGCACAGCCGAGAACUUCGCCAACUUCACCGGCGAGCAAGGGUACCCGAGCGGCUCAAGGUGGCCGAGAUCAAGCACUCGCGCCUCGCCAUGCUCGCCAUGCUCAUCUUCUACUUCGAGGCCGGACAGGGCAAGACGCCGCUCGGCGCGCUCGGCCUAUAAGACGAUUUUUGGCUUGCGCGCGUGGUGGGAGAGGGGUUGUUGCAUUGCAUCAGGACGCAUGGAUUGCAUGGGAUCGGCUGGAGGUCGAAGAAGCAGCAGCAAUGUAUGUGUGUCCGUGACUUCUUUGGGGUAG